AUGAAAAAGGAUUAUAUGUUCUAUGAGAGUAAGUUAAUUGAUUCACCAUUAAACCUGAUCCAUACUCUCUUUCAUGGUAUCACGAGACCGGGACUCUUCCCUCUCACCCUUCCGCUGCCACCGCGCGCUACUGCGCUAGCAGUAUGGUCGGGACCCCCCCUCCCCCCCGCCUCCAUCAUCGACCCCGCAAAGCAGGCACGCCGUGACGCCGACGCCGAGCCGACGCGCCUCGCGGAUUCCCGCGCCGCUGCUCGCGAGGCUGCCCUCGCCGAGGCCCAGGUCGCCGAGGAGGAGGCCGCCGCUGCCUCCAACGACUGCGACGCCGCUGCCGAGCGCAUCCGUGCUGCUCUAGCACGGGCGGCCAAAGCCCGGGCCGAUGCCGCCGCCGCGGCGGAUCCCAUCGACCCGGCUCCUGGAGACGGCCUGGACGUUUCUCACGCCAUGGCUCUCCACGAGGCAGCCGCCAUCCUCAAUCUUCACGCCCAGGCUGUCUCUGUCCAGAACGCCCGCAGUCUGGUGCAGGUCACCCUCGACACCUCCUCCGGCAAUUACUCGCGGUGGCACGAGCAGUUCCUCCUCGCCGUCACGAAGUACUCGUUGCAAGAUCACAUCUACAGCGACCACGCCACCUCAGCCCUUCCUGACUGGACUCGGAUGAACGCAGUUGUCAAAUCAUGGCUCUACAGCACAAUCUCCUCUGAUCUCGCUGAGGCCGUGAUUGACCACCGCGCCACCGCCCGUGAAGCCUGGCUCGCCAUCGAGGGUCACUUCCUCGGCAACCAGGAGACCCGCGCCCUCCACCUCGAUGCCAAAUUUCGGGCCUUUGCACAGGGUGAUCUCUCCAUCACCGAUUACUGCACGCGCUUCAAGAAGAUGGCCGACGACCUCACUGACCUCGGCGAACACGACAUCGGCGUUCAUCUCCGGCGCGGGCGCCCCUUCCCCUCCUUCGCCACCGUACGCAAUGAGCUCCUCCUCGAGGAGAUCAACAUGGUGCAGCACCCUGUUGCCCCCUCCACUGCCCUCAUUGCCACGGGCUCCUCCGCACCUCGCCAGCCCGCGUCGACCGAUGGUGGCGCUCCUCGGACCGGCGCCCCCAAGCAGAACAAGAAGAAGAAGCAGAAGGACCGCCGCACCCCUUCAGGCGGCACCUCUGCCCCUGGCGGCGGCGGUUCCUCUGGUGGCCCCUCCUCAUUCACGCCCGAGGUGUCUGCUAGGUCCGGGGGGACCUGGCCCUCCUUCUACAAUCUGUGGACUGGGCCCAUCUAG